CCGCCCGGUCCCUCCCCGCCCCGCGCCGCCGACGUGGCGCAGCCCCGGCACUGCGCCUGCGCGGGCGGCCCUUCCGGAGCGGGGCAGGAUGGUGCUGCUGGAGAGCGAGCAGUUCCUGACCGAGCUUACGAGGCUCUUCCAAAAGUGCAGGACUUCCGGGAGCGUUUUCAUAACGCUGAAGAAAUAUGAUGGUCGAACAAAGCCAGUUCCACGCAAAGGCCAUGUAGAAAGUUUUGAACCAGCAGACAAUAAGUGUCUCCUGAGAGCAACUGAUGGAAAGAAGAAAAUUAGCACAGUGGUGAGCUCAAAGGAAGUAAAUAAAUUCCAGAUGGCAUAUUCAAAUUUGCUAAGAGCCAACAUGGAUGGCUUGAAGAAGAAAGACAAGAAAAGCAAGGCCAAGAAGAGUAAAGCAACACAGUGAUGGGACAGUGCUACCAUCACUAUAAUAGACUUGACCCUUGCUCAAAGCAAAGUCCAUUUCUUUUCGAGUUACCAUUUGUCUUUGGCUUUCCUUCCAGCAGGAUACUGGGAUGUGAUCAGUACUUUUGUUUAAACUGAGAGCAGAAGGUGCUUUCUUUGGGUUGUUGUACGGCAGGAGUAUGUACAGCAUUACAUUGAAAUAGCUUUACACUCAGCUGGUUUGUACUUAGACUGCUGUGUUCUCUCCAGUGUAAACCCUGUCUUGGGGGUAGCACUGUGUGAAGAGACGUGUACCAGGAGCCUCAGUGACAGAUACCCAGUUUUAUAGAUGAGCCUCUGUAAUUCUAGGGAAAGCAGGUGCCAACAUAUUAUCAGGAACAGCUGCUUUCCUGUUUCUGUCUUAAUCUGAGGGUCAUGUCUACAUGAUGCAGUGCAGAUAUCCCCAAGGCAGCCAGCACAGUGCUUAAGCACUUGCAGAGCUUUCACUCCAUGCUGAUCUAGCUGUUCUGACCUGGGCUCAGGGUGGGGGGAGGGUAGAACUCUGCAUCAUGUUCCCUUCAGAAAUAGCUUAAAAAUGGUCAUGUCACCUAAACUUUUUUAAAAUAGACAUUAUCCUUCAGUAUAUUCAGGGAUGUGAAUUUUCCUUUCUUCAUAUGAGCAGAUGUAAAAAGUAAAUAUGUAAUUGCUCCUAUUAAAUAUAAUGAGAAAUGGAUUUGGUGUAAUGGCUGAUAUGACUUGUGGUGAACUGCUAGGCACAGUUAUCUAUGCCUUUAGGAUUGUCUGCUGCUUUGGACAUUGCUGUUGAACUUUCACAGUUCUCAGAAGUUUUGUGGUUUACAUUGCAAACCUCUACAUGUUUUGUCACCUUCUUUGCUACAAGAAAGGGUAGAAAAAGUAUAUAUAUAUUAAUGCAAUGAGUCUGCAAAUGGCAAUCAUUUGUGUUAGAAAAAGAGGUGUAAGUUGUUUAAACAAGAGGUACCAAGUGGGGAGGAAAGGUAAACACCAGUGUACUUCCAGAAAUCAUUAACAUUUCUGCAUAUUCGUCCAGUGUUUGAUGUGAAAUAUAAUACAUACUUAACUAUGACUCCUGUAAA